AUGGUCGUCUUCCUAGAUCUUGAGGAUGAGGCCGAGCCCCCAGAGUUGCAGUUGGGAAAUGGACAUGCGGCGCACUGGAUGGCACAUCAUGACAGGGGAUAUGCGGGCGUUUUGAGGCGUUUGGAUAUUAAUGCUGGGGCCACGGAGUCUGGAACUGUAAACGGGAUUCGGAAUGCGGGAUCUGGAGUUCGAACUGAGCAGAAAGAGAGAGAUAAUCCGAACAAGAAUCUGCCGAUUACUGAGGCUUUGGGGUGUUAUCCAAUCAUAAUGUCUAUCGCAUCACAUAUCGAUCUCAACACCCUUGAUGCACUGUCUUCCACUUGCCGUCAAGUACGCGUCAACCUCCUCCAGUUCCGAACCAAACUCAUCUCUUCCACUCUACACUGCGAGAACGAAGAUGUAGAGCUUGAUCCUGAACAUACAUUUCGUUAUAGAGCCAGAGCUGCGGAUUGGUAUUUCGUUGAAGGUGGCAUAGUCGGUUCGGGAGCUGGAAAGUUUGGGGACUGUGCUAGAGAUAUGGUGGGGGAAUGUAGGAGGUGCUCGAAAGUUGUUUGCAGAAAUUGCACGAUCAAGCCCCCAGCUCCAGUUCUCCUCCGUCAUCGGCACCGUCGCAUCUGUAAAGCAUGCUCCAAAGCUCCGCUCUCCUCCCUUAUCUCAGGCCUGAACACAGCCACCCCAGCACAAGAAACUCCCGUCAAAUCAAAUCCCAUCGCCACUGAGGCACUCAAGCAGAAAAUCUGUGCCUGUCCUACCGAAGGCGUCUGGCUCUGCCAACCCUGCGGUCGCAGCCUCCGCAGUGCUGAUAACGAAUACGAAAGCAUUUGGAAAUGGCGCACACGAUACCUACCCUCCCUCGGUGGUCUCGGCGUCGGAAUCGGCGAAGGCAAUCGCGGCGUCCCGUGCGGCCGCGGAGGAGAAUGUAUUGCUGCUCGAGAAGUCGAAUCAGAGAUCGACUGUGAUGCUGAAGAUGCUCGCGAGAUUGACAGUAACAGCCGUGACGCGUCGCCUGCUUCUAGUCCUGGGAGUGCGAAUGGCAGCAUUAGUAGUGAGAGGAGUGGACAAAUGGGUCCGGGCUAUGCGAGGCAUGAGAUCGAGGGGAUUGGAGGCGUAGUGAAGAAGAAGUUGGUAAGGAUGGUGAGAGUGGGUGCGUGUGUACCUGAAUGGGGGGAUGAGAAAGACGUGGGGAAAUUCUUGGUUAGGGAGCAAGAAGGACGGGCGAGGAGUUGGUGUGGUUGGUGUUGGAGGGUUGUUCCGGGUGCUAAGGAUAUUAUGGAUUAG